UAGCAAAUAUUGAUACUUGGUGUUAGCUUACAAAGUAGUUAGUUUUUCGCAAAGGUGACUUUGAAAAUGUUGGUGCUGCCUCGUUAGUUAUUUGCGUUAGCUGCUGUCGGUUGCACUGUUGCAUGUUUGAAGCCUGCAAACUUUGAGUUUUAGCUUCUAUAAUUAGCCGUGUUAGUAGCGAGUAUUAAUGGGAUGUGCUCACCUGCAGUUUUAUUUUCGGAUUGGUCUGAUACAAGUCUACACAUUGGGGGCUCUGACUGGAGUUGAGCAUAAAGCGUCCUCCAGACAAGCAAAAGGAAGCAUUACUGGCCUUGCUGGAGACUACAGUGGAGUCCAGACUGGAUCAGAGAGAGGCUGAGGAGGAAGCAUGUCUACUGACGAGGAGCCCACGUACACAGUCAAGCUGCUGCAGCUGCUGCUGCUCUCCUCCUACUGGGGAAUGCAGAUUUGGGUCACCUUCAUUUCAAGCUUUGUGAUGGACAACCACCUGAAUAGACACACUUAUGGUUUUAUCCAGAGUCGUCUUGUCCCGUUCUACCUCCACUUGGGUUCAGCUUGUGCCUUCUUUAACCUCACCAUCUUCGCUGUGUAUCAUCCCAGCGACCUGCUUGACGACAAAGAAGCCUUUCAGAUCUUCAUCUUUUUUGUGUCGGUGACGGUUGCGGCUGUCAACGCUCAGUGGUUCGGCCAAAUGACAUCAGAGAUCAUGGCAGACAUGCACCUUAUCGAGCAGGCGUGCGGAUUGGGUCAGGACAUCGGCCUGUCGUCGAACCGUGAAGCUUACGCCAAGCUGUGCGAGACGGAUGUAAAAUACAGACACCUGAGCAGUCGUCUGUGGCUGUACAGACUGCUGUCCUCCCUCUGUAACCUCUGCUGCAUAGGCUGCAACUUCUACAGUCUCUGUUACAUGGCUGAGAACCUUCGCACACUUUAAACGGACACAUCAGCAGCUGGACUGUUACAUCCUUGAAAAAUAGUCUCUCCCAUAUCACCCCCUUAAAUAACUUGACUCCUAUUUUUUGUACCAAAGCAAUAAGUUAUAUAUUUAACACAUUACGUCUUUCUCUCCACCUCUGUCUAUUAGUUAUUAUAUCAAGGUUUAGGUAAUCCUUGUUGUUCUUGUGCCUUGGGGAUUCAUGAAAGGAUAUAGCUGCCAUGCCUAGAUGUUGGCCCUAGUUUUUUUUUAUCAGGGUCAUUAAAGCUGCACUUCUCUCCUAAAGGUUGUAGCAAGACAAAUCAGUUGCUAUGAGUAAUGCUUCACCUUUCACCUAGUGUGGCUCAGGCUGGUGGCGGCCUUGAUAUUUCCCUUCACCAUUACGAAUGUGGUACCUUUCGGGAAACCGGGAACAUGAGGGAUGUUUUAAAAGACUUUGCACUUGCAGUACCAGAAACGCCAUCAGAGAAUAUAGCCAAAUGUGUUGCAGCUUUUUUUUAACGUGUUUAGCAAAAGAAAGUCACGUUUUAUAAGGGAACUGCUUCCAUGCUGUUCUGUCCUGUUCUUCCUGUUUAGGUGUGGUUUGAAUACUUGUAAUAGUGUAUCGCAGGUUUGUUUGGCCUACAUAAGAGCACCUGUGAAAGUAAGUAAAUAAGUGAAAGGUUGUACUAUCUUUAGUGCUCCUGGCUGCUGGUAUUAAAAAGAAGGGUUCAAACACUUUUACUCUAUGGUAUACAAUCAAUACUGCUUUUAGCACACGUGCACCAGUGGUUUCAUUAUUGGUUUAUUGGAAGGUAGAUUUGUUAGUGUUUGUAAACAGUUGUAUAUGUGUUGCCAUGUAAAUGAUGUAGUUGCUGUAAGAUGUGUUGUUGCACAGCAGGUUGGUGUAGUUGUGAGAGUAGUAUUGUUUAGACUGGCUGAGAAGAUGUGGGUGUAUUUCAUCUAAAUGUCUGUAAUAAUAAUAUUACAGAGUUCCCAGAAAAUCAUGGUAGGAAUUAUUUCUGUACGUGUAGUUCAGAAAGAAAAACUUUCAGGUGAUCUGUAGACUUGUCUGUGAUAUCUCUGCACUCAGGCCUUUUCACUAAUAAUCCCAGUAUGACCUCCAUGUACGUUGUUACCUUACAGUGUGCCUCAACUCAAAAUGACAUCUUUAUACAUUGGUGCGGGAAUUUUAAAGAUUUCCAAAGCUGUCUGGUCUGUUAAGUGUGUUUAUCUGUGUUCCUCUCUCUCACCUCCAUGAACUGUAAGUCUGUAAAGCCGUGAUUGGAAUAUGAAGCCAAAUAAUGUUUGAGUUGUACUCGCACUAGAGUUGUCUUCUGUGCUGUACACUUCUCAGGUGUCAGUGCUUUUAAAAAAAGAAGUCAUAGCUUGAGUAUCUUUUGUAUUGUUUUGUUUUGUGCGCAGGUCAAAUAAUUUAACAAACCUCUCCAUGCUAUGAUGACCUCUCCUUUCUGUACCUGCUUACACUCUUCUAUUGAUGUGUCCUGUUCUUCUAGUUUGUGUUUGCAAGACAAUGCAAUAUUAUCUGAUUUUAAAAUGUACACUUCCUUUUUAUUGUGUUUCCUGUUAUCGCCCAAUUUAAAUAUAACAUUUGAAUGCAAAUCAUUUGACAGUUUUGUGCAUAAACACAAAACCUGUGUUCAGAUUUGGAAUUUUAUACCAUUUUACGUUUCUUAAUGUUUGUGAUAAUGGAUUAUAAUGCUGAAUGUGAGCCGAGCCGUACAAUGCAUUUGUAACACGGCAUGACUUGCUUGAAGAUCAGUGAGGUCAGAUGUUAUGAGCUGUUAUAAAUGGUUGGUGUUGGGUUUGUAUCAAAAAUAAUUUGACAUGUAUGGUCUGCUUUUUGUGUAUUAAAACAUGUUCUAUGCUUUAUGCUUUACCUUCUCCCCAUUUUUAUUUAGA